AUGGUUAACAUGAACAUCCUCGCCACCGUCGCCCUUGCUGGCCUCGCUGCCGCAAAGACCGUCGAGGUCGUCGUCGCCGAGAAUGGCGGCCUUACCUUCACCCCAAACAAGAUCAAGGCCGAUGUCAACGACAUAGUCCACUUCAAGCUCGCCAAAAGCGGCCACGACAUCUCGUCCGGCCCAUUCAACAUGCCAUGCAAGCCCAGCGACAACUCACUCUACUCCGGCAAGCUCAAUGAGGGUGACGAGUUCUCCGUCAACAUUACCAACACCGACCCAAUUUGGCUCUACUGCUCCGUCAGCAAGCACUGUUCCAAGGGAAUGGUUGCUGUCAUCAACCCUCCAUCCAGCGGAAACACCAUUGAAGCCUACAAGGAGGCUGCAGCAGGUGCUGGAAACGGCCAGGCACCCCCUAAGGUCAACAACGGAAGCGGCGGAAGCGGCACUCCCACCAGCGGCGGAGCUCCUGCUUCUACCAGCACCAACGCUGCUUCCAGUUUGACCUUCAACGGCGCUGCCGCCCUCGUCGCCAUGGGCGGUGCCUGGAUUGGUCUCCUUUGA